GGCGACGCUGUCGGAAGUGCGGCUGCGCAAAGGUGACGGCGCGCGGGCGAGGGAGGGGGUGUUUUGGUUCUAGCCGCUCGCCGUCCUUCCAGGCUCUGCCGUCGGAAAGCCUGUCGUUCUCGUUUCCCCUUUCCUUUCCCAGCCCCAAUCCUUCCUCUCGCUUUCCCUUCUUUCUGCUGCCGCUCCGGGUCCGGGCCAUUUUCCGGGCCGGGCGCACUAAGGUGCGCGGCCCCGGGGCCCAGUAUAUGACCCGCCGUCCUGCUACCCCUCGCUUCCCCCGCCCCAUGUGGCUGCGGGGCAGCGGCAGCGCUGUCCACUAUGGCCCGGAAAGCAGUUAGCAGGAAGCGGAAAGCGCCCGCCUCGCCGGGAGCUGGGAGCGACGCUCAGGACUCGCAGUUUGGCUGGGAUCACUCGCUUCACAAAAGGAAAAGACUUCCUCCUGUGAAGAGAUCCUUGGUAUACUACCUGAAGAACCGGGAAGUCAGGCUGCAGAAUGAAACCAGCUACUCUCGAGUGUUGCAUGGUUAUGCAGCACAGCAACUUCCCGGUCUCCUGAAGGAGAGAGAGUUUCAACUUGGGACCCUUAAUAAAGUGUUUGCAUCUCAGUGGUUGAAUCAUAGGCAAGUGGUGUGUGGCACAAAAUGCAACACGCUAUUUGUAGUAGAUGUCCAGACAAGCCAGAUCACCAAGAUCCCCAUUCUGAAAGACCGGGAGCCUGGAGGUGUGACCCAGCAAGGCUGUGGUAUCCAUGCCAUUGAACUGAAUCCUUCUAGAACACUGCUAGCCACUGGAGGAGACAACCCUAACAGUCUUGCCAUCUAUCGACUACCUACACUGGAUCCUGUGUGUGUAGGAGAUGAUGGACACAAGGACUGGAUCUUUUCCAUUGCAUGGAUCAGCGACACUAUGGCAGUGUCUGGAUACUUGGUUGGGGGAGGUGGGCAGUGGGAACUCAGUGUUGGAAAAAGUCAGGCUAGCAGACAGUCAAGCACAUACUCUCUCCUGCCUCACUCCCUUUUACUUUUCUCGCUUUUAGGGAUCCGGUCAGUGAGUUUCUAUGAGCACAUCAUCACUGUGGGAACAGGGCAGGGCUCCCUGCUGUUCUAUGACAUCCGAGCUCAGAGAUUUCUGGAAGAGAAGCUCUCAGCUUGUUAUGGGUCCAAGCCCAGACUAGCAGGGGAGAAUCUGAAACUAACCACUGGCAAAGGCUGGCUGAAUCAUGAUGAGACCUGGAGGAAUUACUUUUCAGACAUUGAUUUCUUCCCCAAUGCUGUUUACACCCACUGCUAUGACUCGUCUGGAACGAAACUCUUUGUGGCAGGAGGUCCCCUCCCUUCAGGGCUCCAUGGAAACUAUGCUGGGCUCUGGAGUUAAUGACAACUUAACUCCCCAAAUGUAGAGAUUUAUACUAACUUCCAUCCUCAGUUUCUUUGCUUCUUUUGAAAUUUUUUUCCCCAAUUGUGUGAGGCUCUCGUGUUUUAGUGGGAACACCAAAGUUUGCCUAUGGUUUAGGCACUUAAUAGGAAGAAGCUCUGUACAGAAAUCUGAAGGUUGUUUUGUUUUUUGUUUUCCCUUUUGGUAAUCAAAAUUUUACUAUCUUUUAUGCUUUCUCUCUUUUCAACCAAACAUUGUUGCUAAUCCUUAUUUUUCUUUAAGUGACACAUAUUCCCCCUUCUCUGGCUUCUUUAGGCUGAAAUGACAUAGUCAUUCUCACCCUUACUUCACUCUUGAGAGGUAGGGCUCCUUUAUAAUUAUAUGGUUGCUGUCAGACUUUCUGUGAAAGUUUGGGAGCUGUGUGUGUGUGUGUGUGUGUGUGUGUGUGUGUGUGUGUGUGAGAUCUUGCGUGCCUGUAGGUACUGUGUGUCACUGAAAUUACCUGGAGUGAGGAUUACUUGUAAUUAAAAUAUUUAUAAAAGAAACAACUUUAUUCACAGAGUCCAGCUUUGGGACUAGUCUGUAUCUUGUUUUUUAAAGUCUAACAACACUGAUGAUAGGAAGUAAAAAUGGAAAGGAAAAGAAAUUACCACUGGGCAAACCUUUUGAGUUAGAUUGCAGGCUUCCUGGGGCCUCUCAUGCCAGAACUGCAAAGUGAUCCAGCCCUACCUGUCUUCCCAGCUGUGUGUUCCCCAUGUGGGAAGUUUGUGUCACUUCCACUUCCCACCCUCCCAUCUGCCCAACCAGUAGCCAGUCUCCUAAAACAUCAAACUCACCAUCCAGGUGCAGCUCUAGAGGCUGCAAAAGGUUUCAUGGGACUUAGUAGAGAGGAUCCCGAUCCUUGCCUCCCUCUCCUUCCCCUCAAGACCUGAUCUGGUGUUUUAGGGGCCUGGAGCUGGGAGUCUUAAUCUGCUAAGAUUCACAUCCAUAGUCCCCUUGGCUUUGAAGAGAACCCUUUCUGCCAUUCUUCCAAUCUCCCCAAUGGGUUUUUCUAUUAUUUUCUAAAUUGGGUUAAGUCUAAGAGGGUGGGGGUGAGCAGGGGUUUUAUCCAUGUGUAGUGAGUGCUUAUUGUGUGGAAUAUUCAUUUUCUCACUGCAGCGGGAUUUGGGGUUGAAGCCACCCCUCCUACUCAGUUGGCACAGCCCUGAAAUGGUGACAGGCUGGCCUGCAGUCAGCAUCGUCGUGCAUGUAACAGCAUCGAUGUGAUUAGUACUUUGUCUGUUCCUCCCUUGAACUGUCUGUUUAGUCUGAAGUUUUUAAACUUGCAGGCAACUGACCGUGCUGUCCACUUGUUCCCUGCUUUUUAUGCAUCAUGUCGAAGAUAACAGCUGUUCCUACCCACGAAUUCCUCUAAGCACAUAUUCUGCUUUUCUGUCAACAUCCCAUUGUGGGGAAAGGAAAAGUCACAUUUAUUCCUGCACCCCAUUUUUUUAACUUGCUCUCCCAGUUGUCCCCCUCUUCUCUGGGUGUAAAUAGGGAAAUUGGAAAAAAAAAGAAUAUCCUCCUCUUAAUGGUGAGGGGCUGCUGGAGAGGGAGACAGCAAGUCCACCCUCACUUGUUACACAGCACAUACCACAGGUUCUGGAAUUCUCAUCUUUGAACCUAGAGAAAUAGGUGCUAUAAACAGAAUUAAACACAAUGCUGGAUACUAUAGAUCUUUUAAUUGUCUUAAUUUUUUUUCUAUUAUUAAACUACAGGCUGUAGAUUUCUUAGUUCUCACAGAACUUCUAUCAUUUUAAACUGACUUGUAUAUUUAAAAAAAAAAAAAAUCUUAUAAGUAGGAUGUUUUGUACUAUUGCCAGACCCUUUUAUGUGAUGGGCAAUGCGUUUGAUCGUUUGAGAUUUUCUGUUUUUAAAAAUGUAGCACUUGACUUUUUGCCAAGGAAAAAAAUAAAAAUUAUUCCAUUGCAAAA